UUCAAGUGGUGUGCAUCUAUCAUCCACUGUAGAAUCACAACAGAGUUAUCGAGGAUGGUAAAAGUGGUGUAAUUUCGAGUUUCCCAUUAAAUAUUCAUCGGCUGGCAUAUCAUGCAGACUUCCAUAAUUCAUAUUAUCGACAUGAGUACAUAUCCACCAACGAGAUUCCGACUUACGCCACUCCGCGAGCUAACAGCAUUUCUAUUUGUCGCUGCACUCUUCUGGUAUAGAAUUCUAUUGGAGAAUCGUCAAGACUAGAUGUCUUCCCAAUUUAUCAAUUACCGACAUGAAUACUUGGCCACCGAGAAGAUUUCGUGUCACACCACUACGUGCAAUUGUAGCAUUCUCCACCAUUCUCGUAUUGUUCUGGUUACGACUUUUAAAUGAGGAUCCUCCGCGGCCGCCGUGUAGUGUUCCGGAGCAAUUUACAGAGCGACUUCAUGAUCUGGGUUACAGAGCUCACUUAGUACUGGCAAAGCUCGGACUCGUUCAUUUUCUGUGCUUUGGAGCACUGUGGGGUCAGGUGCGCAUAGGGCGUGCCCUCCCCUGGGCACGCAAAGUCGAACUCUGUAUGGUGGAUACAUUAAGAGAUGACGGACUUAUCACAAAAGCCUUCAGGGAAGAAGGCUUGAGUGCUUCAUAUUUAUACGCCUCAGGGAUAUACAGAGUGCAGGAGCACGAAGUCGGUGAGGAUGCUCCUAAACUCGAGAUUGUUGUGUUCGAGGAGGAUACAGUGACGCAAAUGGUGAGAAGAGUCGGUUGGACCAGACGCGUUCUCCCUCCGGAUUGUGAGUUAUCACCAAGUCUCCAGUGCUUCCCGCCACAAUUGGCAAUACCGCCAUUACCAGCAAAACAAUUUGGUGGGCGUCUAAUGCCGGUUCCACGUGAGGGUAUCGAGCUACAAAAGUACCAUUAUCCAAAUGACUGGUGGCUAGAGAUAAAGCCUACAGACUGUAUCGAGUUGAAUCAGGAUAGUACAUAAAGUGUUCCUGCACGCGAGUAAACUUAGACGUAAACAUUCGAUGGGAUUAAGGGCAAAAGUUAAUUAAAGAGGACUCAUAGGGGCAUCGCUACUCGAUAACAAUGAUUUAUAUACUUGUGCAAAGGGGAUUGGGGGUGCAAUUGCUUGAUGGAGAUGUGUGAGAAUCUCAUCACCAAGAAAUUUUCAACUGCUAGUCAUAAAUUUAUAAUACCAGUCUUCAUUCCAGAGUAAUCUUUCUACGAAACGAUGAGAAGUACUCGAUCAACUUUUAUAAUUAUUUUACAAAGCGCUAUUUGCAUAUUGUUGUAAUAAGGUAAAUUGAGACUAAUCUGAAAGUAGAUGCCCUGCGAGGUUUAGGAAAAUCGCUUUGUGCCACAUUCUAGUCUUCUUUCCGAUGUGAUUUAUUUGACCGCAAUAUGUUUUGUAGUUUAUUUAUCAGAUCUUCCUCACAGAUUAGAUUUCACAAAUUAUACGAUGAAUAAUGAAUAAAUGAGAGAUUAUAUCAGCAGUUGUCCACGGUCAAUAAAUAGCAUGUGACAAUCGAA